AUGCAGUCCGGUACGAAGCUAUCCGAGUCGGCAAAAGCACUGGCAGCUGCUAUUCGGGACGUUGAGGGUGAGCACGAAGGAGAAUGGACAGCUGUUACUAUCUCUCGAGGAACCGCAAACAGAAUUAACAAACAACAUAUAGGUGCUAUACCUGGGAAUCCGGUCACGUUCAACGCCGGGAUUAGCGACCAUAGACCACCGGCCGAAGACGAAGAUAUUGGUGUGAUUGGCAUUCCACUCGUCGUCAAGCUGAAGUUGGGAUGCCGAAUAGUAUUCACGAAGAACUGCCGAGGUGCUUACUGUAACGGUGACCUUGGUCUAGUCACUGAGAUGCUGAAUGUCGAGGGUGUAAAACAAGUCGAUUAUGGCGCCUUCGACGAAGCCUGCGAGCUAUCAAGUGUCCCAGUGAUACGAGUUAAGCUCGACCGUACCGGACAAGAGAUAACUGUAGAGCCGGUCACCCAGACCGUGACCAAUUAUUAA